UGCAGAUAAGAUCGAGACCCCCACAGAUAAGAGAUGUCUGAGAUCAGUAGUUCUGAGAACUAGAAGCGACUCGAGUAGUGUUAUCUGUACUCCGGUUUAGCGAGGGAGCAGCGACCUCUGGUGGAGGACCUGGGGUAACCUCCGACUGAUCUCUGCUUUAACUGUCGUCUCCCCCGGUUGGUGAAGAUGCCGGGGGGCGUGGACAUCCGUAACCUGGUGGGGAGCGUCAUCAACGCCGUCAAGAGUUCGGCCAACAGGGUGUGUGCAGCCUCUUGCGACGGCCUGGUGCUCAGGAUGCACUACCGCUGGACCUUCUGCGUCCUGCUUGGGGGCUUCUUCACCACCUGGUACUCCUGGUAUCACCGUGACGUCAUUAGCUGCGUCUCGCACUUCAACGCGGAGACCCAAGUGCGUCUAGAUUACAUCAACAUCUGCCUCUCCUACCCCUACGUCGAGGACGACGGGGUCAGGCGCUACUUGCUCUUCUACCGCUGGAUAUCCUGGUCGUUCCUGUUCCUUGCUGCGGUCUACUACAUCCCGCGGAAGAUGUCUAAGAGCUUUGAUAACAGCAGGUGCAAGAAACUGUUGGAGGACCUGGCAGCGAACGCUCACCAAUACGAGAGGGUCGAAGCCCAGCUGGUGGAAAAGGCGGCCCAUUACAUGCUUGUCAACCUUAGGACCCACGACGGUCUUUAUUGGAAGUACCUUUGUGUCAACGUCGUCGCGCUCUUAGUCGAUGUCUUUGCCUUGCAAUUCUUAGACUUCAUCUUGCAGGGACGGUUCAUUCAGUACGGCAUCAAGUCGUAUCCAUUCGAUCGCGACCCGCAAACAUUCUCCGACUACAUGUCACAAACCUUUCCCCCGUUUGCCUCCUGCGAGCUCUCCUCCGAGAACCAACUGGUCAAUAGACGAACCGAAAAGUUUGGGUGUCACCUAACCAUCAUGGAGUUGUACGAGAAGGUGUUCUUAGCCCUGUGGGUGUGGCUGAUUGUGCUCUGCUUGGUCACGUGUUGCUACAUAAUCUUUCUCUUCCUGAUGUGGUUGCCAUGGGUGCGGGUGCUGCUCAUCCGUAUUGCCAGACCCAUCCACGGCACCGACAAGGUCCGGAAGAUUAGCCAAGACGUCGUCAGCAACUGUAAGAUCGGAGACAUUUACCUUCUUUACCGGCUGAAACAGCACCUCAGUCACGUUAUGUUCUACGAACUGACUGUGCGCCUGUCUAACCCCAGCCUGUACGAUAGGACGCAGAACCACAAACCAGAGGCCCGACCGGAAAACAAUGAGAAAAUGCCGUCGGGCGACCUGGCGACCACCACCGCGAGGAAUCGACGGUCUAACGUAACACUGGAUCCCAAGGUGGAUCCCCAGUAUCUGUACCAGCUCCUGGGAAGCCCAGAAUUCCUGGGUAAGCCUCCGAAUCAGAACAGUACACCAACCAAGAAAAAUACGAGCAUUCUCAUGGAGUAACUGUCCGAGGAGUAUCUCGGGGCACUCAGUGAAAAAUAUAUAUAUAUAUGUCGUACCUAGUAGCCAGAACUCACUUCUCAGCCUACUAUUCAAGGCCCGAUUUGCCUAAUAAGCCAAGU